AGCGUGCCAGCAACCAGGUAGUAGAUGUGAGUGUAUGUAGGUUUCUGAACGGUGGCAGUCCAGGAGACGAACCUUUCGAGGUAGGACACUUGACGAGUCGAAUACAGUUUCAGUGUCGUACCGGAGAGCGCCAUGCCAGUAUCAUUGCAUCACGGAACGCUCAUUGCCUAGGAUUAUCAGCUUCUCCAGGCUGCCGCAAUGUGGCCUGGAGUAUUGAAGUUAUUGGUGUUAUUAACAUUCUUGCUACAUCCAUCAAGAUGUACGCAAGGAAAGGUGAAUUACCGGGAAAAGGAGAAAGAAGUGUUAGACAACAUUUUAGGAGGAUACGACGCGCGUAUCCGGCCCAGCGGAGAAAAUGCAACAGAUGAGCCGACAAAUGUGAUGGUCAACAUCUUUCUCCGCUCUAUCAGCAAAAUAAAUGAUUAUAACAUGGAAUAUUCUGUACAGUUAACAUUCCGGGAACAAUGGCUGGAUGAACGAUUACGAUUUAAUGAUUUUGGAGGUCGUCUAAAAUAUUUAACAUUAACGGAUGCGAGUCGUGUUUGGAUGCCAGAUCUGUUCUUUUCGAAUGAGAAAGAAGGACAUUUUCACAACAUUAUUAUGCCGAAUGUGUACAUUCGUAUUUUUCCCAAUGGUUCCGUUCUAUACAGUAUACGGAUAUCCUUAACAUUAUCAUGCCCGAUGAAUUUAAAAUUGUACCCCUUGGAUCGACAAGUUUGCUCAUUGCGUAUGGCAAGUUAUGGUUGGACAACCGAUGAUUUGGUUUUCUUAUGGAAGGAAGGAGAUCCUGUCCAAGUUGUUAAAAACCUACACCUGCCUCGGUUCACGUUGGAGAAAUUUUUUACUGAUUAUUGUAACAGCAAGACGAAUACUGGAGAGUACAGCUGCUUGAAAGUUGACUUGCUCUUCAAGAGAGAAUUCAGUUACUAUCUUAUUCAAAUUUACAUUCCCUGCUGCAUGCUCGUCAUUGUAUCCUGGGUAUCGUUCUGGCUCGAUCAAAGUGCUGUACCAGCUCGAGUUUCACUAGGUGUGACCACCUUGUUGACGAUGGCUACACAAACGUCAGGAAUAAAUGCCUCACUGCCACCAGUCUCUUAUACAAAGGCUAUCGAUAUUUGGACAGGCGUAUGCUUGACCUUUGUAUUCGGCGCUCUCCUCGAAUUUGCUCUAGUAAAUUAUGCGUCGCGGAGCGACAUGCACAGCGAUAAUAUAGAGAAAAAAUAUCCGCCGUCUGAAACGGAACAAUCCACAUCGAUGGAUCUACCCUCUGAUCAAGUCGAACCAGAUAAUUCGUCGAAUUUCGCUAUGACCGGAUAUGAUGGACCACUUCAACAUUCUCUACAGAAACCUCUGGUCCGACAACCGGAGGAUACCAUGUCGGUGGAUAGGAUGCAGCACUGCGAAUUACAUAUGCAACCACGAAAAAAAAACUGCUGCAGGUCGUGGCUGUCCAAGUUCCCGACGAGGUCCAAGCGCAUCGACGUCAUCUCACGGAUCUUCUUCCCCAUCGUAUUCGCUUUCUUCAAUCUCGCGUACUGGUCCACGUACCUGUUUCGGGAGGAAGAGCAGAACGAGUGAACGUCGACGAGGAA